AUGACCCCUUUAUCUGACCUCCUACUUUCGAUAGUGCCGGUGGACUCUAUCCCCGCUCAUCUCAAAUCGUACAUUCCAGGCGUCUCACCCUUCUCUACCUGGCCAGUGGUAGCAGCCGUCAUCACCUCCUAUCUCGGUUUCAUCUUUACGGCACGCGAGUUCGUGAAAGAUCUACCUUCACUCAAACUACAGACGCUCUUCAAAUUUCAUAAUGCAUUGCUCAGCGCCGGCAGUCUUGUUCUCCUGUUAUUGAUCAUGGAAGAGGUGGCUUCGGUAUGGAUGAACGUUGGUCAUUACGACUCGGUGUGCGCACCAUCAUCCUGGACUGAUCGACUAGAGUUCUACUACAUGGUCAAUUACUACUUCAAGUACUAUGAGUUCCUCGACACGUUAUUUUUGGUCUUGAAGAAGAAGCCUCUUACCUUUUUGCACGUCUUUCAUCAUGCCUCAACUGCAUUACUGGCUUUCGUUCAGUUGAACGGCAAAUUGAGCCCAUCUUGGACCGUUAUCUCCAUCAAUCUUUUGGUCCACGUUGUGAUGUACUAUUACUACUACGCAAGUGCAGGAGGCGCAAAAUUCUGGGUAACUACACAUACCUCUGACAAACUUUCGCUUACUAUCACAACACAGUGGAAGAAAUACCUCACGAUCAUGCAAAUUAUCCAAUUCAUCAUCGACCUCUUCGUAUUUUAUUUCGGUCUGUACCAGCACUACGUCCAUAAGUAUUUUCCCGCAUUUCCGCACUUUGGUGAUUGCUCUGGCAGCGAGCCAGCAGCGCUCUUUGGUUGCGCUCUUCUCACAAGUUAUUUGUUGCUCUUCCUCGAUUUUUAUAUGUACACAUACAUCAAAGCACCUUUCUCUAAGGCGAAAGCAAACGGAACUAGUCAGACCAUGGUUCCAAAUAGAAAUAGCCAUACGUAUGCACCCCGUCCCUCUACCUGA